AUGGAAAAUGGUGAAGAUAUUGUUAUUUCGGGGGUAUCGGGACGGUUUCCGAAUUCGCGUAAUUUGGAUCAACUGAGUUAUAAUCUAUUUAAUAAAAUUGAUAUGGUGGAUGAAAAGGAAACGAGAUGGCGUCAUACAAAUCCCGAAGUUCCACGUCGAAUGGGUAAAACUUUGGAUAUUGAAAAGUUUGAUGCUUCCUUUUUCGGUGUUAAUUAUCGUCAUGCACGUACGAUGGAUCCGCAAGGACGAAUCAUACUUGAGCAUGCAUUUGAAAGUAUUUUGGAUGCAGGAAUAUCUCCAAAGACAUUAAAGGGCAAAAAUGUUGGUGUUUUCAUCGGUGCUAGUUAUAAUGAGUCAGAAAUGAAGUGGAUUUACGAAAAGUUUUCCAAGGACGGUCUUGGAAUUGUCGGGUCCGCAAGAGCAAUGCUUGCCAAUCGAAUUUCAUUCUCACUUGGAUUUAUCGGACCAAGCUUCACUCUCGACACUGCUUGUAGUUCAUCUAUGUAUGCUUUGGAUAUUGCUUAUAAAUUGUUAAAAUCUGGUGAAAUUGAAGCAGCUUUAGUCGGUGGAAGUAACUUGUGCCUUCAUCCUCACAUAAUGCUGCAAUUUAUUAGACUCGGUGUUGUUUCCAAAGACGGCUAUUGUAGACCAUUUGAUAAAAAUGCUUCUGGAUAUACAAGAGCUGAAGCUAGCUGCAUUUUCUUCCUGCAGAAACGGAAGAAUGCAAAGCGAGUCUAUGCUACAGUUUUACAUUCAAAGACUAAUUGUGAUGGAUUCAAGGAGGAAGGAAUCAAUUUUCCAAGUCAUCAUCUUCAAGCUCAAUUAAUGAAAACAUUUUAUGAAGAAGUUGGAAUUGCACCGAAUGACUCAAAUAUUGGAUAUUUUGAGGCUCAUUGUACUGGCACUAAGGUUGGGGAUCCAGAAGAAUGUCGUGCAAUUGAAGAAGUCAUGUGUAAGGGUCGUAAAGGCCCAUUACUAGUCGGAUCUGUAAAAUCAAAUAUGGGUCAUGCUGAACCUGGUGCUGGCGUUUGUUCAAUGAGCAAAAUCUUACUCGUAUUGGAACAUGGGAAAAUUCCUCCAAAUAUUAACAUAACGGAAAUUAAGCCUGAAAUAGCAGGUAUUAUGGAGAAUAAAAUGAAAGUUGUUCAAGAAGUGACUGACUUAAAAGGAACAAUGAUCAGUUGUAACUCGUUUGGAUUCGGUGGAGCCAAUGCUCAUGCCUUGUUUAAAGCCAAUCAAAAACUUAAAGUUAAUCGUGGAAUUCCAAAGGAUAAAGUUCCAAGGAUUGUCACAUGGUCAGGUCGUACAGAGGAAGCAAUCAAAGCUGUUAUGGAUAGUGUUACAAAGCAGCCACUUGAUGCUGAAUAUAUCGGAUUGCUACACAAUUCUCAACGCGAAUCUAUCAAUGCUAAUUUAUAUAAAGGUUAUGGUAUUUUCAAGCAAGGCAAUGACACUGAAAAUGCAACUUGUGUUAGAAAUGAAACUCAACAUUUUAGUGGAUUCAAAAGACCAAUGGUGUGGGUUUAUACUGGAAUGGGAUCUCAAUGGUGUCAGAUGGGUGUACAUUUAAUGAAAAUUCCAAUGUUUGCUAAAUCAAUUGAAAGGAGCCACAAACUUUUAGCAGAUCGAGGACUAAAUUUGAAGCAAAUAAUCACAUCACCAGAUCCGAAAAUAUUCGACAACAUUCUAAAUUCAUUUGUUGGAAUAGCUGCAAUUCAAGUAGCCUUGACUGACAUUUUGAAGGCUUUAGAAUUAACACCUGAUCACAUUAUUGGGCAUUCAGUUGGUGAGCUUGGUUGUGCUUAUGCUGAUGGUUGCUUCACUGCUGAGGAAACAAUUAUAUCCGCAUAUUCUCGUGGACUUGUAAGUCAUGAGACAAAAGUUAUUCACGGAUCUAUGGCUGCUGUUGGCUUAGGAUAUGCGCAGUUAAAGGAUAUUGUUCCUGAAGGAAUUGAAAUCGCUUGCCAUAACUCAUCAGAAUCAUCAACAAUUUCAGGACCUGCUGAUAAAAUUGCAGCAUUUGUUGAAUCAUUGAAGGAAAAGAAGAUUUUUGCAAAGGAAGUUGAAUGUUCGCAUAUUCCUUACCACAGCAGUUAUAUUAAAGAUAUGGGCCCAAUUCUGUACAAACGUCUCAAAGAAGUUAUCAAGACAAACAAGAAACGAUCAAGCAAAUGGAUAACAUCAAGUGUACCAGCAUCCCAGCAACAUAUCGAAUACUAUCAAUCAUCUUCAGCUGAAUAUCAGAUCAACAACUUAGUCAAUCCAGUUUUGUUUGAGGAAACUCUAGCUCAGCUACCAAAAAAUGCUAUUUUAAUUGAAAUUUCACCACAUGGCUUAUUGCAAGCUAUUUUAAAAAGGUCAAUGGUUGAGUCAAUCAAUAUUCCAUUAACACAACGAGGAAAUAGUAAUAAUGACGAGUUUUUCAUGAGCGCCUUGGGAAAAAUUUUCUGCAACGGAUUUGACAUCAACGUUUCAGCACUUUAUCCAGCUGUUGAAUUUCCUGUAUCUCGUGGUACUCCAAUGAUUUCACCAAACAUCAAGUGGGAUCAUAGCGAUGAUCAUUAUGUUAUGCGUUUUGAUGACAAGGAUGACGGAAAGAGCUCGUCCAGGAAAGUCACAGUUUCAUUGAGCGAACUUGAGUAUGAGUUCAUUCAGGGUCAUUGUAUUGAUGGACGAUGCAUCUUCCCAGCAACUGGCUAUUUAUUCUUAGCAUGGGAAACAUUGGCAAUGAUGAAGGGUCUUUUAUACUUUGACAUCAGUGUUGAGUUUGAGGAUGUUAAAUUCCACCGAGCAACAUCAAUGUCGAAAGAAUCAGAUGUCGAGUUUACAAUUGUGGUUCAUCCAGGAACUGGAAGAUUUGAGAUUUCUGAAGGUACAUCCUCACUUGUUACUGGAAUGAUAACAGAAGUUGACAAUCCAAAAAUGAAGGACAUCAAAGGUUCAGUUGAUAUUUCAUCAAAGUCAUUGUUGAGUAGCAAAGAUUUCUAUAAGGAACUUCGUCUUCGUGGAUAUCAUUACAAUGACUUAUUUAGGUCUGUAACUGAAGGAAGUUUUGAUGGGACAUACGGAAAAAUUAUUUGGGAUUCUAACUGGAUAGCGUUCCUUGAUUGUUUACUACAACUUAAAAUUAUUGGUAGAGAUACAAGAUCAUUAGUUCUUCCAACUGGAAUUCAAAAAAUGACAAUCAACACUAAAAAGCAUUUAGAAAUUCUGACAAAAUUUGAAGACGGAGUUCAGCCAGUUUAUGAAGCUUUCAUCAAUCCAGAACUAAAAGCAAUUUCUUGUGGUGGAGUUGAAAUCGUAAAUAUGCAAGCAAGCGUUGUUGGGAGACGAAAGCCUCCAGGAAUUCCAGUCCUCGAAACUUAUGAAUUUAUUCCUUACAACUCAUCGAAGACAAUCUUAACUAUGAAUGAUGCUUGCCGUGUUAUUUCUCAACUUUAUAUCGAAAACAAUCCAUCGACCAUUGUUAAAGUUGUUGAAAUUGAUGGAAAUGAUGAUAAGAAUAUGAUUCUCGAGGACAUGUUGGAUGCACUGUCAGAUUUACCGCUUAUUACUACAGACUUGAAAUAUUUAUCAUCACGAACAAUUGAACAAUCUGAUGACAUCAAGGUUCUAAAUGAAACUAUUGACGACCAUGAAGAUUGUGGAAUCAUAAUAGCUUCCAAUGGAGAUAGCAGCUAUUCCAAUAAAUUGAGUAAUGGUGGAUUUCUAGUAAUUCGAGGAGAAUGUCAAAGCAAUGACAAAAAAUUGAAGAAAAUUUCAACAAUUCAGACUGAAACAGAAGUGCUGUCAAUAUUCCAAAAGACCAGAGAGGAGAACGAGAAAGAACCAGAAAUUUAUUUCAUAUCUGAAAAGGAUUCUGAGCUCAAAUGGAUAAAAGACGUGCAAGCUUUAAUUCAAAAGGGUCCUCUGGUUCUGGUAACAGAAAAUGAGCCUACAUCAGGUCUUAUUGGAUUAGUAAACUGUUUGCGAAGAGAACCUGGCGGUACCUCAAUCCGAUGUGUUUUUAUUGACGACCGAAAAGCCUCCAAAUUUGAUCUCAAACAUCCUGUUUAUAGAGAUCAGCUAGAACUGGGACUUGCAAUUAAUGUUUACAGAAGUAAAAGCUGGGGUAGUUUCAGGCAUCUGAAAAUUAAUCCAGUCUAUGUUGAACAACCAGCACUUGGUCAUUGCUAUGGAAACUCACUAGUAAAAUCAGACUUGUCAUCCUUAAAAUGGUUACAAGGUCCUUUAGAACUUUCAGAUGAAAACAUUGUUCGAGUUCAUUAUGCAUCCUUAAACUUCAAAGAUGUCAUGUUGGCAACAGGAAAAAUUUCUGCAGAUGUCUUUGUUGAAAGCAGAAUCGGUCAGGAAUGUGUCUUAGGAUUUGAAUAUUCUGGAAUCGACAGAAACAAUAAACGACUUAUGGGACUGAUAAAAGCUGGAUCUUUAGCAUCAUACAUAUCCAAAGAUCCAUUAUUAUCCUGGGAUAUUCCAAAUAAUUGGACGUUAGAGCAAGCAGCAACUGUUCCUUGUGUGUAUGGAACUGUGUACUAUGCAUUCUUUAUAAUAGCUCAAAUUAAGCGUGGAAGAACAAUUCUCAUUCAUGCUGGUACAGGUGGAAUUGGAUUAGCUGCUAUUCGAGUUGCGUUUGCUUAUGGACUGGAUGUGUUCACUACAGUCAGCACUGAAGAGAAGACAAAUUUCUUGUUGAAAGAAUUCCCAAAACUGAAAAGAGAAAACAUUGGAAAUUCUCGUGAUACUUCAUUUGAAGACAUGAUUAUGAACCGAACAAGUGGUAAAGGUGUUGACUACGUUUUGAACUCAUUGGCUGAAGAGAAGCUUCAUGCAUCAAUCAGAUGUCUUGGAAAGGGAGGAAAGUUUUUAGAAAUUGGCAAGUUUGACAUGGAAAAAGGAACGAAGAUUGGAAUGGAAUGUUUCUUAAAUGAAAUAUCCAUUCACUCUGUUAUGCUUGAUAAGAUUAUGAUCGGAUCUGAUGCUGACAAAAUGGUAUUGCGCAAAAUUUUAGAGAACGACAUCCAUGCUGGAAUCAUCAAACCAUUUAAAACAAAUAUUUUCCCAGCAAAUCAAAUCGAACAAGCGUUCCGGUUCCUAGCAAGUGGAAAGCAUAUGGGAAAAGUGAUUCUCCAAAUUAGAGAAAGAGAAUCCGACAAUUCAACUCUUCCGAUCACAGUAUUACCACGUGUUUAUUGUCAUCCUUACUUUACGUACAUAAUUUCUGGUGGUCUUGGAGGAUUUGGUUUAGAAUUGGCAGAUUGGCUAGUAUUAAGAGGAUGCAGAAAGCUUGUAUUGAGUUCAAGUCGUGGUAUAACAAAGCAAUAUCAAGCAUAUCGUAUGAAAAAUUGGGAAUCAUAUGGAGUCAGGGUCGUGGUCAACACUUCCAAUAUUUUAACAGAAGCAGGAUGUGAGAAACUCAUUUUAGACUCGAGAGUAUUGGGCCCUGUCGGAGGUAUUUUCAACCUUGCUGUUGUUCUACGUGAUAGUAUCUUUGAAAAUCAAGAUGCCACUAAAUUUAAUGAAUCUAUGACACCAAAAGCUGUUGCAACAAAAUAUUUGGAUGAAAUUUCUCGAGUUCUUUGCCCUGAACUUCAAUAUUUUGUUGUAUUUUCGAGUGUGUCUUGUGGUCGUGGAAAUGCUGGUCAAAGUAAUUACGGUAUGGCUAAUUCAGUUAUGGAAAGAGUGAUGGAACAAAGACACAGUCUUGGAUUACCAGCUAAAGCUAUUCAAUGGGGUGCUGUCGGUGAAGUUGGAUUAGUGGCUGAUAUGCAAGAAGAUCUUUUGGAUAUGGAAAUUGGUGGAACUCUACAACAAAGAAUUUCAUCGUGUUUGGAAGAGCUCGAUACAUUGAUGACUGUGAAAAAACCUAUUGUUGCUAGUAUGGUUGUUGCUGAAAAGCGAUAUGCAUCAUCAAAAUCUGGCAAUGUUUUCGAAGUCAUUCUUAAUAUUAUGGGUAUUCGUGAUGCUAAGUCUGUUUCAAUGGAAACAACGUUAGCUGAAUUAGGUAUGGAUUCAUUGAUGCUAGUUGAAAUUCAGCAGACACUUGAACGUGAAUACAAUUUUGUCAUUACGGCUCAAGACUUAAGAUCAAUGACUUUAAACAAAUUGAUUGAAAGUGUUGGAAGCAAAUCGGUUGCUGAGAAUGGAAAAGAGGAAGUUGGUGUUAAUAUUUUAAUCAGGAAUCUUGGAAAUGAAGCCAACAGUAAAGAAACUUUAAUUUGUUUAUCCGAGAAGAAAAAUACAAAUCGAUUGAAUCUAUUUUUCCCUGGAGUUGAAGGUUGUGGAGGUGAUGUAUGGAAGCUGAUUGCGAAUCGAAUGACUGGAUCUUCUUUUAUGUUCCAGCACAAGAAUGUCACGAAAGUCUCCUCAGUCAAUGAGUUUGUAAAUGAAAUUUAUUCAAAGGUUUCAAAUCUCUUCAAUCAAUUUGCAGACAUUCGUCUCAUUGGAUAUAGUUUCGGUUCAAUUAUUGUCCUUAAACUUGCAGAUAUGCUUGAACAGCAAAAUAAAGUUCCAAAAGUCACAUUAAUAGAUGGAUCUCCAAUUUUCCUCAACACAUUAGUCCGAGAUCAUUUGGUUACUAAUAAUUUUGAGGAAAUUAUUGAAACAUUGAUUCUUAAGACGGUCGUGGAAGGAACUGUCCGAGGUGAGAAUUCAAAAGUCAUUCACAUACUUCAAUCAAAUCUUUCUCUUGUCGAGAAAAUAAGUGCGUUAGUAAAUGAAAUUGACGGAUUGAAAAUUUACUCAGAAAGUCAUAUAGCUGAAAUGAUUAAAGUCAUUCUGGACAGAUCUCGCUUAAUAUACAAUCUAAAUAUAAAUGAUUUUAAUUCAUUAAAUAAAGUUAAAAUAAAACUUAUCAGACCACAAAGUUCUGCAUUGAAAAAUCUCGAAAAUGAUUAUGGCCUAACCAGGUAUUCAACUCAACCUAUUGAUGUAAAAUUUGUAAAUGGCGAUCAUCUUUCAAUGUUAGACACAGACGACUUUCGAAAUAUAUUAAGCGAAGAUUUAUAAAACAAUUCAAAUUGAGGUUUAUUAGCCUCAUAGCUAUAAUUAUUGCAUUUAGAGUGUUUGAUUACUUAAAAUCACAAAGUUCCUCCGUUUUCUAUUAACAAGCAAAUUCCUAUAAUUAAGCUCUCUG